AUGGCCAAUCAGACUUCCAUUUCCACUUUUCUGCUUCUGGGAUUCUCAGAUGCCCGGGAACUACAGAUUUUACACUUCUUUCUAUUCCUAGCAUUGUAUCUGACGGCAGUAACAGGGAAUCUUCUAAUCAUCGUCAUCGUCAUCAUUGACUACCAUCUGCACACCCCCAUGUACUUCUUCCUGUUUAACUUGGCCAUGAUAGACAUUGGCUCCAUCUCAGUCAUAGUCCCCAAAUCAAUGGCUCUUUCCGUUAUGGAUGACAAGUCCAUUUUUUAUUCUGGAUGUGUUGCUCAAAUUUUCUUCUAUAUAUUUUUGGCCUCUUCAGAUUUGCUUAUCCUAACUAUAAUGGCAUAUGAUCACCAUGUUGCCAUCUGCUGCCCACUUGACUAUGAAAGAAUUAUGCACCAAGGAACCUGCCUGAAGAUGAUGGCCACUAGGUGGAUAGUCAGUUUGUUUUUUGCCAUAUUGCAUACAGGUGGCACCUUUGCAAACACAUUUUGUUCUAAUACUAUCAAUUUAUUCUUUUGUGAAAUCCCACAUUUAUUAAAGCUUUCCUGCUAUUCUAUUUAUUUAACUGAAUUAGGGUUUCUUGCACUAAGUUGUGGGGUAGCACUAGGAUGCUUUGUCUUCAUUAUAAUAACUUACCUGAAGAUCUUUGCCACAGUGCUGAGAAUCCCAUCUGUACAUGGACAGAAAAGAGCUCUCUCCACUUGCAUUCCUCACCUCACUGUUGCCUCUAUGUUUGUAUGUACUGGAGCUUUUGCCUAUGCAAGGCCACCUGGUGAUGCUUCUUCAUCUCUGGAUGUGGCUUUUGCUGUGAUGUAUUCCAUAGUUCCUCCCACACUCAAUCCAUUCAUCUAUAGUAUGAGAAACAAUGAGAUCAAGGCUGCCUUGUGGAAACUUUUAAAAUAG